ACUUCUUCGUCUUCCUCUACUUUGUGUUGUAACCCUCAAGGUGGACAUCCUUCAUCUGCAGGAGCAGCUUCUUCCUCAUCCUCGAAGGAUGCUGCGUGUGCCUUGUUGAAUAUGAUUUCUUCAGCAGCAAGAAGUCCUCGGGCAACGUCACCCCCUCAAACAAGGACCGCAAGAUCGAGCUAUCGCGACGUCGUCAUUGGUCGCCGAUGCAACUCCAACGAGGACCAGAUUCAGUGCGUCGUCGGCUCUCCUGGGACUAUGCGGCCUCCCUUCAUCUCCCCACUGGUUUCCGCGAUAUCCCCAACAGCUUCACCUGCAUCUACAACUAGGGAUGAUCAUCAGUUUGCUGGCAACAAGGUCCUCGAGGAGGACUCAGAAGUCUCUAAAAUGGGGAUGCCUGCGACUGUGCCACCGAUGAAUUUAUCAGGUGAUUUGACACGAGGAAGGAGCAAGUCAAGUGAUCUGGAGCAGGACCCUCUGUCCGCCUCUCGAUGCUCAGAACCUCUGAAGGACGAGUCUGCCUCCAUAGGCGAGAUCAUCUCGGAAAUGAUCGAAUCUUUGCCCUCAGCUAGCUCUAGUACGUCGUCUGCUGUAGGAACAAGCGGCACUGGAGGUGGAGGCAACCGAGACUCAGUGGAAUUUGUAAUGCAUGGUUGUCCACCAGACUUCGAGUCCACUUCUACUGUUAGCGGCAUAGGAAGAAGUGCUGCGUCGUCUGCAUCGAAUGUUGGAGCAGUUGAGAGCGAGAUAGGCGCAGCAGCUUCGGGGGAAGGUAGAAUUAGUGGUAGCAAUGAAGAGGACGCACAGCGCGGCGUCGCUCCAGCAUGUCCAUUAAAACAACUGGGAUAUUAUAGUAGUUGUACCAAUGGGGAGGUCCUUGACCACGUCAAUGCCGCAGGCCAGCACGACCAGCAUUCAGUUGGCGGAGAACAGCAUUUAGCGAGACCUCCGCUCCCUGCUAUUCCGCCGAACCUUUUGCCUGCUUCCUGUAAUGGUAACGGAGGAGGUGCUCCGGGAGAGCAGCAGGUUUUCUCACUGUACGAUUCGACUUGUAUAAACAGCAGUACUAGCACAUCAUCUGCAUCAACACUACAUCAUCUGCAUCACCAGUCGAUGUAUGAUGUGCUGGCGAACACCUGCUCUUCAGCGAACGGCAAUUACAUACCUGCAGCAUCUUCGGUCCCGGCGCAACCAGAGCCUAUUUCGACUGUCACUGGUGUCCGGUCAAUGUACGACACCGCUCUCAACACGACCCGUUCUUCGAUGUAUGACAAUCACAGUAUUGUGCCACCGAUUAUACCGACAGUGGGAGCAGGAAAUCGUCAUGGAGGUGGACCCUCACUGCCACUAGAACAUGGGGAUGGACUGCGGUUGCGAAUGUUCCCAACCAAAGUCCGAAAGGUGCCAUCGAGUUGGGGCUGGUCACGUUC